AUUACAGUUAUCUUGUCUCUCCACAGUCACUGGUGCAUGUGUUGAAGCACCGACGUACGCUGACGGAGCCUGAGGUACGUUACUACAUGCGUCAGCUAGCGGAGGGCGUGGCGUACGUGCACCAGCAGCAGGUCAUACACAGGGACCUGAAGUUGGGCAACAUGUUCCUGACGGAGGAUAUGCUUAUGAAGAUCGGUGACUUCGGCCUGGCUACCCGCGUCGACGACAACAGGAAUGUAACAAUAUGUGGCACACCAAAUUAUAUUGCACCAGAAGUAUUAAAUAAAUUGGGUCAUUCCUAUGAUGCUGACAUCUGGGCCAUGGGCUGCAUUAUGUAUGCUCUCCUUGUGGGUCAGCCUCCAUUUGAGACCGACACCCUGAAGGAGACUUACUCACGUAUUACCUCAAACAAGUACGUGAUCCCACCACUCAUCAGUGAACCGGCCAGGCAUCUCAUUCGUCGCUUCCUCCACCCAGACCCAAAUGCCCGACCACGGCUCGACCAGGUCCUUAACCAUGAAUUCUUCACCACAGGUGUGGUCCCACGUUCCCUGCCUGCCUCAGCAUGUACCCAGGUGCCAAAGUUUGGACUGGAGGUUAUUGGGAAGUCUGUGUCUAUGCCAGAACAACAAUUACAGCACCAGGCUCCUCCUCUCCCCCAGUCACAGUCACAACACCCUCUUACCCAAGAAAUUAAGAAAAUUACCACUUCGGUUUCAACACUCCGCAUCCCCAACCAAAAACCCCAACCAGAAAAAAUCUCAAUUUUGGACGGCGGUCUUGGCAGUCCCCCAAACAGCCGACCAACUACUGGUAACUCCAAGGAAGAGAAUAGGAAGAAAGACUCUGGGGGGACUUUGUCUUCAUGUCUACGCCAGAAAUUGUCUUCAGUCAUUUGUACAACAGACAAUAAGGCUUCUACUGGUAACUUGGUGGGGAAGAAGAGAGAUAUUACCUCUGGCACUCUUUAUAACCUCUUGGCUGCCUGUCUUGAUAAUAUGCCAGAUGAUAUGAGCAGUAAUCCCUCAGUCCAAAGCCACACUCCUCUCUUUAUAUCAAAAUGGAUUGAUUACUCUAACAAAUACGGUUUUGGAUAUCAGCUUUCGGACAACUGUGUUGGAGUUUUCUUCAAUGAUCUGACAAGGAUAAGCAUCAGUUCAGAUAAGAAUCGAGUUGAGUUUACAGACUCCUCUGGUAGACUGGCUGUGCAUCAGGCAGGUGCUCUGCCUGCGUGGCUACAGGAACGUUACCAACUCUUACGUUAUUUUGCUACGUACAUGGAGGAAAAUCUGACAGAGGCUGGUGAUUCUCGAACAGCACGACCUGCAGCAGCAAGAAUGUCCGUCAUCCCUCACGUGCGUCGGUGGGAUCGUACGCCCAAGUCAAUUAUCAUGCAGCUCAGUAAUGGAACCUUCCAGAUUAACUUUUUCAAAGACCAUACCAAGAUUGUGAUUGCUGGUGAUCGUACCGACGUCAGCAUUAUGUUCAUCAGCAGCGACAGGCAGUCCUUUACUUAUCGUCUGUCUCAGCUUGCCGAGCUUGGCUGUGAUGCAAUGGUGCGCGAGCGUUUAGUUUAUGCAUUGUCCUGUCUUCGACAGUAUGCGGAAUUAGACGGAGAGGAAGUUUGAAAAAGAGAAAUGACUAGUUCCAGAGCUAUUUUUGGAUAUUUGGUGGAAACUAGAAUGGAUUAGCAUCCUGCAGGACCAAGUGAAAUGAACAUUGUCAGGUUCCAAGACUUCAGUGUCUUGGAUUGUUUGAAGUCAUGUGAAGAUUAUAUAUAGUGGUGAUGGUUCAGAAAAAAAAUUCAAAAAAUCAUUUAAUUGUUGAAUUGUAAGACAAUUCCUUCGGGUUCAUAGAAAAAGAACUGUCGGCCAUAAGUGUGGCAUUACUAGGAGUAUUUGUUGUUGGUGGUGUGUAUUAGUGAUUGGUUACUCCAGCGUAAAGUAACGGAAAUUGGACAGAUGAGCAAGUAUGAGCCUCAAUGAACCUCAACUUGGGUUCUUAACAGGCUUAUUUUCAUAUUUUUGAGAGAGGAGAGUGAACUGUUAAGACGUCUUAAGACUCAUAGUUGCUGAUCCUAAGACUCAUAGUUGCUGAUCAUUCUUUAUGUGCAGGAUCCCUGAACUAUGCAAUAAUUGUGUACACUGUACAUGUUUGGUACACUGCACAUAACAGUUCUGUUACCAGGUGACCAUAAUGUCUGUGUUACUGUUACACACCAAUUGACUAAGACUUGGGAGCAUGUAAGCUCUACCUCACAGUUUAAUUAGUUAUGUGUCUGAUCACUGCCCAUGUUGAUAGUCAAGGGCACAGAAAAGCCUGCAACCCACAUUCACAGUGUUUUGAUGAUUUAUCAAGCUAACUUUAAAGCUUAAUUUAAACUAAGUACUACUGUCAGAAGACUGUGAAUGUGGAAGUCUUGUUACAGUGACCCUUCUCUGUAUGUUGCCCCUGAUAUUUACCAAAGAGUUUAAAAGGGGUAAAUGUAAUAAUAAAAGCUAGUGUAAUUCAACACCUUAUUGUAUUAGAGUGAAGGGGAUCCCCCGAGGAAGCUGGGAGAAGUUGCUCCUACACUUGAGUAAAAGCUAUUAGUAGUGUGGUGGUUGUGCUGAGGAUAUUGUCAAAUACCUCUUCUGUGCAUUAUGAACAUUCUCCAUCAAGUUAGGAGAAUUAGAUACAAAGAUUAAUCAAAUUGACAGUGAUCUCUUAAGCUAACACUGCUCAAAGACUAAAAUAGAAUGUGCAUUCAUGACGUGAUUUUACAAUUGAAAAAGUUUUGUGUAAUCCUAAGUGAAUGCUUUCACUAGCGGGCAUCAAGGAACCACGUCUUGCUCAGAACGUGGACUAAGUGAUACAUUCACAUUAUGUGUUUGGUUAUCAGUUUAAAAUUCUGAAAGCAAUGAAGCUGAAUCUUUUUUUUUUGUCAGCCCUGAAGCAAGUCCGUCCUUGUAUGCUCUGCUUCAGUCAUGUAUGAAUGUGUGGUAGAAGAACAGUCUGAUGUAUAACUGCUGGAAUUGGUGUGUCCAUAGAGCUUAAAUUACAGCUCAAGAGUUAACCAUAAUGAAUCCUAAAUCCUUAACGUUUAGAACUUCUCCCAAACAUAAUUAGUUUGGCCUCUAUUGGUCAGUGAACGGUUACCAUUAAUGAAAUUAUCGGAGAAAAUGAAUGUUAUCGACAGCUUUCUUUUUGCUUUUUUUCUUCAGCCGAUUCAAGAUAUAUAUAUACUUCUGUCAUACACAGGAUGAGGCCUUUUCACAACCAAAGAGUGAAUGGUUUAUGCCAAUGUUCCCUUUUUGGCUCAGGUUAACUAUAAUGUACCAAAUAUAAUUUUUGAUAAUGAAAGUCAACUUCUCGUACAUUUUUGCAGUUGUGGCUUGGCAAGUGAUAUUGGUGAUAACCUACACAAAUUUGUUAAGAUUAAAAAGUCUUGACUCUUGAGUGUUGUUGCUGGGAAGAAGAGAAGCAUUGUUGCCAGUCACUUGAGUUUAUGGCUCGUGUCAGUGAGUUUAUGGCUCGUGUCAAUGAGUUUAUGGCUCAUGUCGGUGAGUUUAUGGCUCGUGUCAGUGAGUUUAUGGCUCGCGUCCAUGAGUUUACAGCUCAUGUUAAUGAUAAAUCAAAGCUAUCUUCCUGUCAACCAAGCAAAAUAUUUAGUACAAACCAAAAACCUUGGAAUAAAAUUCUCUUAAGGACUUCAAAAGAAAAAUUGUGUGUAUGAUGCAGAUAGCCUCUAUAAUGAUCUCAUAUUUUUUAAUUAAUCCAUCUUUAUCAGUAUAUUUCCUCUUGAUGUUGGUGGUAAGGCUGUAAAGACAAGGGUACGAAUUCUUAGUCAUUUAUUUAGCUGCGUGUAAAUAUUGUUCACAGAUAUGCAAGAAAUGUUUAGCCGCUGUCUUGUAAAGUAGAUUGGUUAUUAGGUUGUUUAUGCUACAGAACUUGACCUAAGAAUUCGUUUUAAGGAACAGGAACACUCCUUAAGUGCCCCCCUUCUCUUAUGCAGCUUCUAUCAUACCAGUAUAUUGUAUUUAUAGGUAUUUUUUUCAUUUACAUUGGGGUUUACAUCCUCCACUAUCUGUCUUACCAAAGAUGACAGGAUUUUUGUAUCUGCUUUUCACAUGAACACUGAGAAGGUAGACAGGCUUUUGUUUUGGAAUCUGAAUAAGAUGUAGGUUGGAUGGGCUCGAUAAAGUCUAGGCAUUGUUGAAAUUUCUUUGACUGACUCGUCAAAAGAAAUGAUGGCUCUUAAGGGGACACCGUAGCAUAUAGCCAGUGGACUGAUGCCUGGCUCAUCAGCUUGAGGAGGUAUAUUCAGUCUUGAAGCCAGACUGAGUAGAUUAGGGUAUUACUUGUUGUAGUAACCUCAGGCUGGGACACUAAAGAUAUUAUAUGCUUUGGGAACCAUUAGCCUAGGACUCUUUGAGGUCUCUGUUUGCUGUGGUAACUUAAGGCCCUGUCACUGAGGGUAUUAUUUGUAGUAGUAACCAGAGGCAGGGACACUGAGCGCAUUAUUACUGUGGUAUCCUCAGGCUUGGUCAUUGAGGAUGUUACUUGCUGUGAUAUCCUUGAGUUUAAUCACUAAAGGUAUUAAUUGCUGUGGAAUACUCAAGCUUGGUCAUAGAAGACUCAUUUGCUGUGGUAGUCUCAAGUUGGGCCACAGAGGACAUUUAUUCAAGUGGUAUCCUCAGGGGGUCAGGGGGAUAGGUGCAACCCUGGUGUAGUUAAUAUCUCUCAUACACAAUGUUGGGAAAUUGCCCAACACGUGAGACUCCCAACACCUCUCAACAUGUAUGGUAUUUGAAUCGAGCUUUAACAACCCUCAACUAGGACAUCCAUAGUAUACGUGACAGAAGAUGGGUUUAUUUAGUCCUUGUGAAGAAAGAGUUUCAACUGUGGCUAGUCUUUAGAGAAAAUUUUGAUGGGAAGUCAUAGUACUGGUGACGAAGAGUACGGCUUAAGGGCUUUAAGUAAACAAAGCACCAGAGGCUGAAGGGUAUUACUGAUGGUGAUGAAGUUAUGUUUGACUGUAAAAGUUGGCAGAGGAGUUGUGUGCCAAGAAUCCCUUUCAUUACCACCCCAUGGUCAGUUCGGGCUGAGGGGUAUUGUUUAGAAUAAUAUGAUUUGUGUCUGUGAUUCUCUGUGUUAAUUUUGUAUGUUUUGUUUUUGUGAUAACUUUGUGAUUUUCCUGUUUUUUGUAUGUAUGCAAGUAUGUAUAUAUAGUACAUCAUUAAUUUAAUAAACGUGUGUUUUUGUUUGUUUUCUGUGUUAAGUGUGUAGCGCUCAGGUCUUUCACAAGCUGAUAGUAGCAAAGUGGUCUUCCUUAAAUUAUUUGUUCUCGAUCUUUUCCAUUGGUUUUAACUACCAAAUCCUCCAAAUUGGUGCCUUUAUGUAAUAACUGCAGUGAGGAGCAGUUGAUGCCUUCACUGCAUCAAGUCAAGUUUGUUUAUAGUGCUCAAGCAUAUGUGGCACCUAGCAAGUGUUUAUCAGUAAAAAGAAAUUUGCAUUGUAAGUAAAAAAAUCUUUGCAUUGUAAAAGAAGGAAUUCAUUAUUCUUACUUCUUAAAUCUUGUAUUAAUCCACUGCAGAAGAACAGAUUAACAAAUUGUCGCAGUUACUGUUCAACUUUUUUAUUAAUGCAGUAUUUAGCUCUCUUGACAAAAAAAAAGUGCUCAGAUUAAUGUGGCCAAUAAAGUAGUGGCCAUGGUUUACUAUCACCUGGCAGACUACCGAGUUUUCAGACGCUCUAGCUAGUGCGGAUUCUCAUACUUGUUACACAUGCAGUUUGGGCCGUAUGAUGCGAGAUGUCUUCCACGCAACAGGACAAUAACUUGGUUCACUUCCUAUGGUCGCAGUAAGGCUCACCCGGUCAGUAGUGUAAGCCUCUCUGCCAUAAUGUAUGGAUUGUUAGUUCCAAGUAAUUGUUUGGAGAGAGUUGUUAACCCUCAGGUAUGAUUGUUGUCUAAAAGAGGACUUGUAGUAAAGUUUGGACCAAUGUUACUUGACCUUUAACCUGAGAGAACAACUCCAUAUGUGUCCAGCGUAGUAAAGAUUCCUUCCAGUAUAGUACACGGAGUAAUAGGCAUUUACUCUUGAAGUUUAGAUCAUCAAAUAAUACUAUCAUCAUACCUCUUCAUUAUUAUAUUUCAUGGUCCCAUACGUCACUAUUGUGUAAGACGGCCAACCAGCGCAUGUAACAUAGAGAGACCAAACAAGGUGAAUGACUGCUACUUGCCUUGGUCUAAAAUGUCCUAUUCAUUAUUGCAUUAUUACCCUAAGUGGCCCACUCAAGACAUGUAAAUAAAUUAUGUUAAGAUAUUAGGAUUACAGAGGUAGUCAUCUUCAAUCUGUGCAGUACUAUGGUGUAUAUUAGGCAUCAUCGACUCUCAUGGUCUUUCAUUUUUUGCAAUUCUUGUUGUAAAUUUACUUGCUUUUGUUUGUAAUAAAGAAUCAGUAA